GAAUCUAACUCAAACUUCACCGGUUUAUUCACUCUGAAAAGCAUUUCAAACUCAAAAACUUUCCCUCCUUCCUUCUCCGAAAAAAUGGAGCCUUUAGCUCUCAAGCUGAUAAUGGUCCAAGGCCCGCGGGAGGGCGAAACCCUAGACUUCGGACCCGGAUCCAAGGUCCGAAUCGGUCGCGUCGUCCGGGGAAACAACCUCCCGAUCAAAGACUCUGGCAUUUCCUCCAAGCACCUCUCAAUCGAAUCCGAAUCAGGCAAAUGGGUGCUCCGAGACCUCGAAUCUUCAAACGGUACCCUGUUGAACGACACCAAGGUCACCCCAAACACGCCCUUGGACCUCAGCGACGGCGACGAAAUCAAAAUCGGCGAGUACACCUCGAUCACCGUGAAGAUCGACGGCUACGAGGAGAGCCGCCUCAGACGGAACCCUAGGCGUGCCGCAGUCGCAGUCGUUGCGGAGACUACGGUGGGGUCGGUUGCACAAGGUCGGGGCCAGAGAGGUAGGGCUGCGAAGGGGAGCGAAGCAAAGCGCGAGUUGGAGAAAGAAAAUGUUGAGGCGAUUGAGGCCGUAGGGAAUCGAAGGCGGGGCCGACCGCCCAAAGCCAGGGUUUUGAAGAGUGAGGUUGAAGAUGAGAAGCCGGUGGAGGAAAAUUUGGUUCCGGAAAUGAGUACGAGGCGAACUCGGAGCUCAAAGAAUGAGGAAUUGGGGAAGAUUCCAGAUAAUUCUGGUGUAGAUGGUGGAGAGAUGAAGAAUGAGCCGAAAAGGACACGUGGCGGUGCGAGGAGGAGGAAGAAUGUACCAGAGGAGCUACCGGUGUGUGAUAAACCUGAUGUUCCUGAGAAGAGAGACUGUGUAAUAAUUGAUGUGAAGGACGAUGAGGCUUCAAAAGGGCUGAAUUUUGAGGAAGAGAAACAUGAAGAGACUGGUAAAGAGUUUAAUGUUAGAGGAGAGAGCGGUGAUAAGGGUGAGAAUGGAAGUGCGAGUGGUGAUAAGGUUGACAAUGGAAGUGGGAGUGGUGAUAAGGUUGACAAUGGAAGUACGAGUGGUGAUAAGGGUGAGAAUGGAAGUGGGAGGGGUGGCAAGGAUGACAAUGGAAGUAGUAGUGGUGUUAAGGGCGACAAUGGAAGUGGUAGUGGUUCAGGUGUUAAUGAGAGUUGUGACUUGGAGAAGAUGACACUUGGCCAGUGGUUUGAUUUUUUGGAGGUUCAUCUGCCGAAGCAGAUCAUUGAUGAGACGGAGGGGAUCAUUGGGGAAAUGGUAGAGAAAGCUAAGCGACUUCAGGAGUACAUGGCACAACAGAAGGAGAAGGGUCAUGUGCUUGUGGGCUAAAGGGAGGAGCUGGGAGGGAUCAGAACCUUGUUUUUUGUGGAUAUCGGUGUGGUGUAUGCAAAUCCACUCGAACCAUCUGGACCAGAUGACUAAAUGAAAACAAAUUCAAGAAAUGCUUGAAAGCUCAAGCAUUCGGGUAUUAGCUCCCUUAACUGGCUUGGCACGUCAACUUCAUAUAGGUGAUUUCCUUGCUGAGUUUGGGAGUGCAAAGGAGAUAAUGGUGACAUCUUCUCUAGUUCAUAUCUAUCUAUAUGCUGGUGACAUCUUCUGUAGUUUGUAUAUAUAUCUUGUCAUGAAUUUGUUAACUCUUGCAUCCAGGUUAGUUACAAGUCUUGAUUGCAGACAUAAUUUUAUUGGACAGGUCAGUUGGGUUAAGUGGAUUGAAA